GCCAUUUUUUUUUUUUUUUUUAUGGAAUAUCAAGCCAUUUGAGACUUGUAAGACAUAGAUAAAAGAGAAGUGGAAAUGACUAGUUCUAAUACUUUACUAGCAAGAUCUCUGAGCGAAGCACCUCGCUCAAGGAGUCGCUCACUAUUUACUUUACUUUUGGGUCUGGUAGCCGGCUUUUUCUUAUCUCAAUUUGCCUCACACAUAGCCACAACUACAAUUAUAUAUCCACUUGUCCAACAACAUUCGGCGAAACAUGCCCAUUCACAUGCCGAGCUCGCCCUUGACGAGGGACCAGAACAUGAAGUCUUCCAUCACGAACACAAGGAAGAUAACACCACAAUAGCGGAUAAAUUAAAGAAAGAGGUUCGAAUUCUUUGCUGGGUAAUGACCAAUCCGAAGAAUCACAAAUCAAAGGCACGUCAUGUGAAACGAACUUGGGGUAAACGUUGCAAUAUUCUUUUAUUCAUGAGCUCGGCUGAGGAUAGUGAAUUGCCCACCGUCAAGUUGGAUGUUGGCGAAGGACGUGAGAAUCUUUGGCGUAAGGUUAAGGAGGCCUUCAAGUAUGUCUAUAAACAUCAUUAUAAUGACGCCGAUUGGUUCUACAAAGCCGAUGAUGAUACCUAUGCUAUAAUUGAGAACAUGCGAUAUAUGCUGUACCCAUAUAGCCCAGAAACACCAGUUCACUUUGGCUACAAAUUCAGGACUUUUGUUAAGCAGGGAUACAUGUCCGGGGGAGCUGGUUAUGUGCUCAGCCGGGAAGCUCUUCGUCGCUUUGUGGUGGAAGGCAUACCCAAUCCCAAAAUGUGUUUACCCGGCACUGUAGUUAAUGAGGACAUCGAAAUUGGACGUUGCAUGGAGCACUUGAAUGUUACUGCUGGUGAUUCUCGGGACUCUAUGGGCCGUGGACGUAUGUUUCCUUUUAUCCCAGAAAGUCAUCUUAUUCCACCCAAGUAUAAUAAGAAAUAUUGGUACUGGUCCUACCAGUAUUAUAAAAACGAUGAUGGUCUUGACUGUUGCUCAGACUUGGCAAUCUCAUGGCACUAUGUGGCUCCGAAUUUAAUGUAUGUGAUGGACUAUUUAAUCUAUCAUUUGAAACCCUACGGUUUGCUGCGAAAGCCUGAGCCCCUGCCUGCUAAAUUAAAAGUGGGUGAACUAUUACCCGCUCCAAUUGAUCAACCAGCGGCCAGUAAUGAGGACUCCGUCGAUGAUGAGGAUAGGUUGAUUAAAGCUACGACUGUUAAGGGUAAUCACGAACCAGAUGCCAGGGAGUUGAGUUCCAAAGAGGUAGAUUCAGACUCAGAUCAGAAUCAGGAUGAGGAGGAAACGGACUCUCAAGAAAAUGAUGCAUCUGAAAAUAAAGUAUCGAAAGAGGAGAAUUUAAAUAAGGAAAGUAAUUAAUUGAAGCAAAAUGUCUUUUAA